UUCUAUGUAAAGCCAAGGCUAUGACUGAAGCGAAACAGGAAUAGGCAGCGAUGAUUCACUUCCCUCGCAGAUCAGCCCCCCGCAUAAUCCUUGUCUAGUGCCUACCACAGACUGCAUCCGAUCCAUAUCCAUCCUCCCCGCCAGGAUCUCAGAAAUCCAACAUUCUCCCCAUUCUUCAAUAUCCAACAUCCACCAUCCACAACCACCAUCCACAACCACCACCAUGCCCUUAACCCCCGUCGUCACAGAAAACAUCCUCAUCAACAACCACCGAAUCGCCCACGGCAUCCACGGCCCCUCGCACAACACCCCCGUGGUCCUCAUCCACGGUACACCCUCCUCCUCGCUUAUCUGGCGAAACAUCAUCCCUCACCUCACGAACGCCGGCUACAAAGUCCACGUCUACGAUCUCCUCGGCUACGGCCUCUCCGAACGCCCUUGGGAUCCAGCCACCGACACCUCCAUUAGCGGCCAAGUCCCCAUCCUCGAAUCCCUCCUCACUCACUGGAACCUCGACACCGCCCACAUAAUCGCGCACGACAUCGGCGGCGGCAUCGCGCAACGCUUCGCCAUUUUUAACCCCGAGCGAGUUCGCUCUCUGACCAUGAUCGACGUCGUCAGUUUCGAUAGUUAUCCAUCUGAGCGCACGAAGCAGCAAAUGGCGCUGGGAUUAGAGGGGUUGAUUCAGGCGGAGGGCGAGGAGCAUCGUGCUCAUUUCAGGGAGUGGUUGGUUUCUGCGGUGAAGGAUCCGGAGAGGAUGAGCAGGGAGGGCAGUUUUGAUGCGUAUUUGGGGUAUAUUUCGGGACCGGUCGGACAGGCAAGUUUCUUUCAGCAUCAGGUUAGGCAUUAUGAUUCGAAGCAUACGAUGGAGGUGGCGGGAAGGAUUGGGGAGUUGGGAAGGGUUCCAGUGAAGUUGGUUUGGGGGAGGGAUGAUAGGUGGCAGGUUGUGGAGUGGGGGUAUAAAUUGCAGAGAAGCAUUCCAGGGUCGGAAUUGAGUAUUGUGGAUGAUUGUGGGCAUUUUGCGAUGGAGGAUCGGCCGGAGGAGAUUGCGAGGAUUGUGGUGGAGUUUUUGGAUCGCAAGAGUGGUGGUGAGUAAGGUUGUUUCCUAAUACCGGGGGGAUAGAGGGACCUUGCCGGUGGUACAAUGGGUGAUCAGGUCUUGUAGUCCCCCCCCACUGUAGAGAAUUUGGAUGAACGAUUACUACCUGGAAGGAAGGCUAGAGAGGAGACAGCCUGCUCACUGGUAAUACAGUAGAAUCUAAAAACCUGGACGUGGAUCCCUAAUUAUCAAAACCAGCUCCCUUUCAAGCUUAUGGCCAUUUAAUGUCCAUACUGAAACCCAACGGAAGGGAAAUGCUUC